AGUCGCCCGCCGACUCUGCUUGUGCUUGUGUGACUCGCGCCGCUCUGUGCACCGCACUCGUGCCCCGAUCACGACGCGUGCCGCCCCGCUGUGGCCGCAAACGCGACCUCUACGCUACCGGCGAAACGUUUCACCUAACUUACGUGCAACUUGCUAUGUUUUAAAUUUCGGACUUUAUCCCCUUAUCUGGCUUGUUUAUCCCUCAUCAUAGUUGAGCCCCGCACCGCAUCGGCUUGCUCGCUGACCGCCGAGCCGCUAAUCUAGCUUUUUUCGCGCCCCACCGUCGCCCGCCAGACCUGCACCGGCCGCCGCAAUGCUCGCGCACCAAGCACCGCUCGCCCUCUACUAAACUGAACCGUCAACAUCGACAAGAACGCGUGUGAUAAUAAUAAUAAUUUAAUACUUGCCUAAAUAAGCUUGCAACGUCGGUGUCUUUAAUUCUAACUCCUAGUAAGAUAAGAUUAAUCAAUUUAGUAAGUAAUCGUAGUUUGAAACGAGUAAAGCGGUGUCGCGUGUCCGCGUGUGCCCCAGUAAGUGUGUGCAGUAGUGAGGUGCGCGGGCGCCUAUCGCAUCAGCCGUAAAGAGUGCAUGCCCAGAGCGCGCGGGCGCGCUCGCCCCCCGCGGCCUAUGCGCCGCACUGCGUAAUUGCGCGCAACUACCGCCCUUAACUACAGUGCCAACGAUGGCCACCAUGGUGAACAUGAAUAGCCUCCUGAACGGAAAAGACUCACGCUGGCUCCAGCUCGAAGUGUGCCGCGAAUUCCAACGGAAUAAGUGCUCGCGGCCGGACACCGAAUGCAAGUUCGCGCAUCCCCCGGCGACCGUCGAAGUGCAAAACGGAAGGGUCACCGCAUGCUACGACAGCAUCAAGGGUCGGUGUAACCGUGAGAAACCACCUUGCAAGUACUUUCACCCUCCGCAGCACCUGAAGGACCAGCUGCUGAUCAACGGUAGAAAUCACCUAGCACUGAAGAACGCACUAAUGCAGCAGAUGGGCCUUACGCCUGGUCAGGUAUUACCUGGCCAGGUACCAGCUGUGGCGACCUCGCCGUACUUGUCGGGCGUUCCCGGUGUGGGUUCGACGUACGCGCAGUACUACGCGCCGCAGCUGGUGCCGGCGGUACUGGGGCACGACCCCGCCGCCGCUGCCGCUUCGCCGCUCGGUGUAAUGCAACAGCCGGUGUUACAGCAGAAGCUACCUCGCACCGACCGCCUUGAGACGGCCGCCGCAGUCCAGCAGCCAGCAGCGAGUGCGACUUCGGAGCCGGGCAAGAAACGGCUGGCGCCCGCCGAGCUCGAGCCGCCACCGAUGGACAUGAAGAGCGUCGGAUCCUUCUAUUACGAUAACUUCGCAUUUCCCGGGGUGAUGCCGUACAAGCGACCCGCCGCGGACAAAGCCGGCAUGCCCGUGUAUCAGCCGGCGACGACCUACCAGCAGCUGAUGCAGCUACAGCAGCCGUUCGUGCCCGUGUCAUGUGAGUACCCCGCGCCCGCGACGUCCGCCCCGCCGACCGCGGCCGGCGCCACCGCGGCCGCGCCCACACCGCAACCGCAACCACAACCGCCGCCCGCGCCCGCGCCGCCAACACAAUCCGCUUCACCGCCGCCCGAAACGACACACACGCCUGCCUCUCAUACGCCCGAUCCCGCGGCCGUCGCUAAAGAAGUAGCACACAAGAAUUACGCGGCGGCACUCGCUUUCGCGGCGCAACACUCCGCGAUGGCACACGCAGCCGCUGCAUACACACAACAAGCCCUGAAAGCGCAGGCACGCGCCGCACAAGUGCCAGGUCUGAUGCGCGCGCCGCUGAUGAUGCGGCCAGGCUGGCCGGCGCCACCGAUGCCGAUGCCUUACUACCCGCAGCAGUACAUGUACGCGAUGCCGCCGCCCACCCCCCCCGCGGCGGCUGCGGCGGCGGCAGCUGCAGCUGCGGCGGCACACAAUCCAUACAAGAAAAUGAAAACGACAUAGAGGGCGCGCGCGGGCGACCGCGGCCGGCGGGGCGCGGGGCGCGGGGUCUCCGCGUAGAGACUCGUACGUGUGCGAUCGAGUGUUCGCCCCGGCCUGUCGGGGCGGUUAGCGCUAGGCGUGUUGUCACUUUGUAUUGUAUUAUUGUAAGGACGAAGCGAGAGGAUUCGCCCUCGCGGAUGUCUCGGUAGUUUUACGCUAUAUCUAUUCUAUUGUGUAUCUACUCACUUACCGUUAUUAUCCUAUGCGUGUAUAUUUCUCGUAUCUACGAUCCCGGUAAUAAUAACGCUUGAGAUGCAUGACUGUACGUUUUUUUAUUACCUCUUGUCGAUCGUCGUUUAUCGUGAGUACCCGUCGUCGUACUGAGAGUUGAGCGCUUGGUCCGUCGAUCCCGCUACGUACACGCUUGUUCUCGGAGGAGCUCCGCACGGGUGCGCUUUGGCCGAUGUGUCGAUUCCGUACCUAGUGGUUACCGGCUUGCAGCAGCAGGCCCGCACCUAACACAGCCGCCUUCUAAUUUUAGCAUGGAAUAGACCCCACCACCCCUAUACGUUUGGCUCAUCAGGUAUUAUUCUCAUUAUUCUAGUGCUCCUCGUGUGUGCUAAGUGUGCCCGGCGUGUCAUCAGUAGUAGCUGCGCGUCGACGUGCGUCGGCUCGCCUUAUUCUUUCAGUCGCACUUCUUUCUUAUUUAUUUUGACCGCGCUUUCUGUUACAUGCCUUCCGAAUGACCGCUUCGGCUGUCGUCCGCAUUGCAAAUCUUUUGUCGCUUUUUGUGUCGGGACGGACAGGCUGCGCGCCUCCCAACGCGCCAUAUGUGGUUUACACGGACGAACGCGGACAGGUAAACGUGUGCCGCGUGAGCCUCUACCCCCUUCACUCACCUCGCACGCACACACGCGCAAGCGCAUGUCGCUUAUUAACGACAUCGAUAUAAUAAUCCAUACUUGAUUCCGACGCUAGCAAUCCUCACGGUAUCACGACCACGCCUCGCUCUAACCGGCACACCACGAUAACGCAUAUCGCCUCUGCUCCCUGCGUAUUUACCCCUUCUACCGCUUUUUAUGUUCAGUUGACAAGCUCAGACGCACAUUAAACGAAUGAAUGGUUUCGAUCGAUGAAGGCCUAAAUGAUGAUCCUUUGAAUGGACAUUUGAAUAAUGACACUAGACUUAUUUCAGUAAAAAAUAUUUAAAAGAUAUUUGACUUUGUGCUAGAGAAAUUAAAGCAAUGCUAACGUUUGAUGUAAAAAAUUAUCAAUAGAUGAAAUUUUGGAUGAAUCACAAUAUAGAUAUUUUUUUUAUGAUUAGAGUAUUGCAGUAAAAAUAAAGGCUAAUCAAACGUAAUUUGCGUGUGAAAGUAACACAGAUAUUUUGAGCUUGCUUCUCACGGCGCUUGUAGACACAUUUAGUUUGUCUUAGUUCAUCAUGCUUCGAACGGGCUUAGUAGACUAAGCGCUUAUUAUUAACGAACAAUAUACAUUAAACAAAUCGGUCAUUACCGAACGAUCUACGCAAUGGUACUCGGCGCUUGGUGCUUUGUCGACGUGUUACGCGUACAAGGAGACCAAAAGCUUGUUUCUUUCUAUAUAUACCCGAACUCAUAACCGAUGGUAAUCUGUGGUAUUGUUUUGCUAGUGAAAUAAAAAAAGUUCCUAUAACACCUCAUUUGGAAAACAUGCUAUAUGAUAAAAUAUAUAUAUAUAAAUACACGAGAACAACGUGAUUUGGAAACGGUGCGACAUUGAUCGAUCGAACAAAAACGGUCCAGGAACCGAUCGCGUUGCUUAUCAACCGUGUCACAUGUAUAUCAAUGUCAUCAUCCGCAUCAAUCAUCUAGUCAUUGUGCUGUAACUUAUAAUUGUAUUGAACAGUUAAUGCCAUACAACUUGUUUGAUGAUUUUAGUUUUGUAUAGUGAGACAUACUUGCUUUCGAAAUGUGGAAGAAGUCACUCUACAGUAUUGCCUUGCUUACACCUGGUAAGAUACAAUCAGCUUACUAUAAUAUCCUCAGUAUAAGUGAUUUCCUAUUUAAUAAGCCUAUACUGAAACACGCCGCUGGACACUCGCAUGAUAUACAUAGAUAACAAUACUCGAUAUACAUCUUAAGUCUAAACAAUGCUAAAUAUGCUUUUCUAACAUGUAAAGACAACGCGGCAGUUUCAGUAAAGGUAUUUUGUUAAUUUUAUAACGAAGCCAAUGUACGGAGUGCUAAAAAGUUGACUGCAUAUAUAUAACAUGGAAAUAACCAACCUUAUUGCUCUACUAAUAGUGUACAUUUUUAAUUUGUAUAGAACAAAAGUCAACUGUUUAGCAGAAUUGUAUGAGUUCACCUUUUGCCAAUGUCAACUAUCAACCGCUAAUAAGGGGGUUUAUUAUUAAUUUUAUUUUCCACAUUUUUAUUUUUUAUUAAUACGCUUAUUGUAAUGAACUAUUAUUUUUCCGAGUAGUUGGUAGUUGAAAUGACGACGGUGAAUUAAAGAAAUGUCGAAGUGUUGAGCUUUAUAACUAGCAUCAUAAAGCAGCUUGUUGCGCAACAUUUAGACCAUAAAAUGUACACCUAUAGACACACGCUAAUAUUGCAUUCGACAUUUCUUUGUGCUUGCCCGUCGCGGCUUCAAUCCUCGCUUUCAACUCGUUGAGGCCUAUCUGACGCUUUAUUUUAAGUGUUCACCGUAGAUGUAAUUUAUAGGUUUUCUUUUGUUUGUCGUACAGUAACCGCACUAUCUAAUGGUCAUUAUGUUGCAGUUUGUACUACCACUAACAUGUCACGUCCAGAACUGUCAUGUAAGCUAAAGGUAUAAAUUUAAUUUGACUAUUUACAUUAUUAAACCAUGCCUAAUUAUCAAUAAGCAUGACCGUCCUCUGUACCUCUGUUGAGAAAUAAAAUAUGGAGUACUGUCUGAAUAUCAUCACAGCCGGCGCAGACACAUGUCGCAAACUCUCCCCUACACAGCCUCUUUAGCUUUAUUAUAGCAGCAACAGUUGGUAUUUAUUGGGUACACUUUGGCGCUACAAAACCUAUAGAACGCCCUCUCGUCCUGGUUAAAGUUGUCUAGCAUCAUGCUUAAGCUUUUUUGUAAAAUAUAGUCACGCUUAUAUGAGAUUGGCUGCGCAAUAAUGAUUAUACUUCAAGCGUUCUGCAUGCCAUUUAGAUAUUAUAUAUUUCAUACCUACUAUGUGCAUAGUGCAGCAUAUCUUAACACUACUCUCUGACGGUAACGGAACCACGAUUUAUUAAGAUUAACUCAUUUGGGCUCGUAACAUAGAAGUUAAUUUCGAUCAGCAACAGCAAUGGAUACAAUAUUAAGGUGACACACAUAUCGAUUCGGCGCGCACGUUAAAUGAAAGAAUGCUUGGAAAGUCCAAUCAUAUUGUGCAACAAAUCUUGUAAAGUUCUUGUAAUAUUAAAGCAGCAAAUGAGAUUUUGUUUCGAGCAAUUUCGCCUUUCGUGUGUCCCGUUUUGUGUUAAUUUAAUAUCUAUGUAGCCACUGAGAAACUACACACGCAUUGAAUUAUAGAUUCUACUGUCAAUAACAUAAGGGUCGUUAACGUAAAACCAUUAGAGCUCCGUGUCUCCAAUAUUAUUAAUAUUCAUGAGGUCGUCGUUAGUGCUAUGCUCUUUGAUAUUACAACAACUGUUCCAGCGUUUUCCAGAAGGCUGUGCAAUGAGGAUAAUGUUCAGUGUCAGAUGUAUGAAUGUUCAAGAAGUGAUGAUAUAGAAUUAGUAUUAACACAUUAACAGAAAUCUUUCACAAACCGUCGGACUAUUUGUACAUAACACAAUUGUAAAGACAAACUUUAGUGUUCCGAUUGUUUAUGAAAAUAUUUUUUUUUUCUAUAUGAACAUGUCACGCAGUUGUUAGCAUAUUUUAUGUAUAAAUCGGCCCAAUUAUACACGAGAUGCAAUUGCUAACUGUUGCUAACUGUGUUCAUUGAUACUAUAAGCAAGUGUUUUAAAUUGAGUGCUUUUCUACUUCAAUGAAGAAGUUAUUUUUUAUUCAUAAAAAGCUAUUUAGAAAUAAAGAAAAGACUGGCAAUAAGAAAGUUAGAUAUCUCGUUUUAGAAAGAUGGUUAUUUUGAAAUACGAAAGCAACUGUGUGGCGGUUCAAAGGGAAGUCAUUACAAUGUAUACUAACACGAGACGUUAUUAUAUUUUACAGUUACUGGACACCCUCCCGGUGUGCCAAGAUUUUAAUCGACAAGGAUGUACCAGACCGACAUGCAGAUUUGUUCAUAUUCGUGAAGGGUGCGGGCUGCAGGUGGCUGGCAGUCGCGUGGUGGUGUGUCGGGAUGCGGCGGCGGGUUCAUGUCGUCGCGCCGCCUGCCGCUACUACCACAUCCCCGUGCAGCUGCCGCCUGCACUGCGACCCCCCUAACUCCACAUCCCCCAUUCCCCUACACUCCCCCUCACGCCCCCACUCCCCCACGCCCCACUCCAUCCCUGUCCUCAUCCUGCUAGACGAAUAUAGUGGAACAAAUUGAUGACGAACGCGCACCGCUCGCGUUUAUUAUGAUGAACGAUCAAAAAUAAUCGUUGUAUGUAUGUUUUUUUUUAUGGAAUAAUAUUUUUAUUUUUGUUUUUGUAUAGAAGAGACUUGAUAAGAUUCGGUGGCGGGGAGAGGUGAUGAUUUGUUUGGAACGGUUCUAUGUUCGUCUAGAUAUGUGAAUGCAGUCCAUUCCUGUGCCGGUAGCGGCCGGACCCUCGUUCCCCGGUAGUUUCCUCGCCCGCGCCCAUUAUAUCCAUAUCGAUCGCGCCUCUGGCACACUCGGGAAAGGCAGGUUAGCCGAGGCGGUGAUAUCUUAGUGAAUAUCGGUUAGUGUAGCGGCGGGGCGAUUCCGCCCCGUCCGUGUCGCGUUAGUCUUCGGGAAAGAGUGUGUACAUAAGUAGCGGGAUAUGAUUCUCAGGCACGGUCAUGCGAAUGUGAUAUGAAUAGAUUUCGCCGGAGCCGUUUGAGUAAUUUUAUCGAGAUCGUACCGAGAUCGUCGAAUAGUAGUUAGUGAGGUUUCAAAUGUUUUAUUACUAUUGUAUAUUUUUUUUUUUAUUAAGAUACGAUAUGAGUUCCUGUAAAGAUCGGUGCGUCCGCCGUUUGGCGCAGCACGGAUAAUUUGUUGUAUAUAAGCGAUAUAAUGUUACGGGUGGUGUAAUAUCCGCCGACGGCUACGGCCGGUGUCAAAAGUUGCAUCACCCCACUCCUAAUGUGAGCAUUUUGUGAGAAUUAUUUUACUUUUUUUUAUUUUAUAUACGUUACGAUGGAAAUAUUAUUAUGUGUUUUUUUUUUCUUUCUAGAUGACAAGUUUUACACUAGGUUAGAUUAAGUGAAUCAGUAAUGAAACACCAAUAGUGUAGCCGCUUAUCUCGUUCGGCACUGGAAACUUUUGACGCCGGAGCUCGAGCGACGUCGAUCGUACACGCGGCAAUUGUCGCUUAUUCCGCACGCUCAUUUAUCUAGCUACUGCGUUAUCAUCCAAGUACGUCCUGACGGUUAUCAAUCAGGGUUCGCAGAAAUCUGACAUUAAAAAUAAAUAUCAAAAUAUCCUAUAUUUGAUAUUUGUCAGAUAUAUAAGGUGUAGGAUUAUUAUCUGAAUGAAUGAAUGAAUAAUUCUUUAUUGUACAUAAACACCAACAAUAGGAAACACUAACACAAAGAACAAAUAGUACAAUUAUUAUGUGCGAGGAUAUAGUGAGGUAUAUUGAAUUAAUUUUGCUAGGAAAGCAACACUGAAUUAAUAAAAUAAUAAUCAGCUGUUUCAUACUGUUGGCAAUUGUAGGCAUUACAAUUUUGUAUGAAACAGCUGAUUUUGUUAUCGUAAAAUUAGUGUUGCUGUUCUAGCAAAACUUGUUCAGUAUAUUUAACUCGGUGGAUAAGCACGAAACACUGGUACAUAAUAAUAUUACAUCAUAUAUAUCGGAUAUCAUGCAUGACUUUAUUUGAUAUAUUUGAUAUUUUAAAUC